CUUCAAAUUACUUAGCCUUCCUUGUGUAAAUGUCGCAGUUUUGCGGGAGAUGUUUCGUCGGCAUUGGGCAAAUUCUUUCGGAUGUCUUAUUGUCAUUUUUUUGUAGCGGAAGUAAAUGAACUCCAGAUGGAAAAGCUAGAGGCAUCUUUGAAUACAUCCGAAACCUAAUUUGAAAAGAAGAAAAAUACAUCUGAUAGAAAUGGCGUUGACUUUGGCCUAAUCCAACUUUGCCUUUAAUCGCAACAUAAAAGAUUAAGAGGGUGUUUCGCGGUAUCGCAAAUCCGACCAGCGAUGGACACAAACUCAGGAAGAGAGGGUUUGCCAGCAGAGGGAGCCCAGCCACCCGGAACAACCAUGACAGGCGGCCAGAAACCUCUGCACCGCUUCCUCAGAGGAGAGCCCAAGAGUGUCGGGAUCGUGUUGCUCUUUCUGGGCUCAUCGCUGUUCUUGUUUGGAAUUCCGCUGAAGAAGGAUCAAGUCGAAAGCUCUGCAGACCUCUACAGCUCCUUCUGGCUAGGCAUCUUGUACUUUAUAUGUGGUAUUCUGUAUGUGCAAGCAGAACGUGCACCCACCAAAAAGAUUGUCACCAUUAGUUUCGCCCUCAGCAUCAUCGCAAUACUCGGGACUGUGAUCGCUGCCUUUGAUUUCAUCAAAGCUAUGGCCUCUCUUUCACACUCUAUCCGAAUGGGGUAUUUUUACGUGGAUGAAAAUCUUGAAUAUGAUAAUUAUUCAGUCGUGAUGUCCAGUGCUAAGCAACGUAUUAUGCAGCACUACAGCCUGGAGGCAGUCUUCCUGUUCCACAGCCUGGUGGCAGGAGUCAUCCUCAUCACCAUGUCUACAUUUGCCCGCAUGGCCCUCCGCUCCAGCCGGACACAGAUGGUUGUGGUAAUGAGAAACCUACCUUCGACAGAGUGAAGAUUAUCACUAUUUUUGUCCUUUUCGUACUAACUAUAGAAGCAAACUUGACCAACUCACUCAAACAUUUCACUAGAACUAACACAUAGCACUAAUAAUUCAAUUUCCUAUAGGAAUAUUGUCAAUGUGUAUUGUCAAAUAAUCUUUUUGAUUGUUAUGGUUAAGAUUUUGUUUAAAAUCUGGUGACAUUGAAUCAUGUUCUGUGUGCAUGCUGGUAUUUAGAGUUUACAAUACUAUGACUGGUUAAACAAAAUCUCUAAUAUUGUGCAUCUCACUCAUUGACUUGUGUUUUCAAAUGAGUGACACAAUAGCGUUAAUUUAGUAUUUAAAUAAACACAACAAUGUUCAUAGUAACUUUAAUAUCACAAAUUCAACAGUUUAUGAUAUUUGCUAUUAUUUUUUUUAAUUAUUAUUAUUAUUAUUAUUUUUUUUAUUAUUACAGAAAUGAGAAGGAACAAUUGUUAAUGCCCAACAGUGUUAAGAAUACUUGCUUUGAAACUCUAAAUUCACAUUUACCCUACAUAAAAUAUCUUUGGCUUGGCAUGUUAAAACAAAAUAUUUUUCAUACUAUAAUCUUGUUUUUCAUAAGAAUCUUACUGUGUAUGCAUGGCAAAACAACCAGUGUUUGAUUACCACCAACUGGAAUACCAUCACACUACACCAGUCUCUGAUACACACAGCAGUCUUUUAAAUGUCAGACACUGCUUUGCUGUGUUGUAGACUGAUGCUGACUAUGUCAUUGGGUUAUGAAAGCCCCUGUAAAGUUAAAAUAACUAAAUAAAUCAAUAUUUGUUUAAAA